CAUAACACCCUCAUGUUGUUGCAGGAGGUGCCGUUAGUAUAUGCUGCUGCCUCCACUCACAUGCCUCUUACCAUUGGUCAUUAAGAACAACACUCCUCCCAUCAGAGGAGGAUCAAUGAGCCGCUCAGGCUGCAGAGCUGAGUACUGACAGGCCCAGACAGGCUGCAUUCACACACAGAGACACUUCAGCUUAUGGCAGAGUGAUCUGAACUUAUAGCAGAGGCCCCACAGCAUGUGUAUUACAUUGUUAUUACUGCCACUACUAACAGUAUUACCCGUACUAAUAAUCCUACUGCCAUACUGCUACAACAGUUGCUAUCACUGUUGUUCAUGGCCGGAUGGACCUGCUACAGGUCCCUGGGCAGAAAUGAGCUGCUGGUGCCCCCAGUGACCCCCCUCUCCUCCCACUCUCCAACAGUAUGUACAACUUUUCUAUGCUUGAGUAAUGCCUCAAUGAAUAAAACUAAUUUACGAAUAUGAGACAGCACAAAACUGACUCAGGCAUCCCUCACAAGAUUAGGCGAUAAAGCGAGUUUGGUCUCACUCCGUAGUUUUUAAAGUCCGGCGCUUGGACAGAAAUCAACAAUAAAAGGUGUCCUUUAACGUCGGCGUGCGACAAGUACGAAAGUUAAGGCGAUAAAAGUCUGGGAAGGUUGGUGGAACAGCCCAACAAAGACCAACUUUCAUCCGAGAGAGCGAUGUUCACGUUCCGUAAGAUUGUAAAGCCAAACCCUGUUCUUUUUCCUAACCCUAACCACAUGGCUUUUGUUGCCUAAACCCAACUAUGUGUGUUUGUUGUUGAAGGGAAAAAAAAACAUCAAUUUGCAGUGUUGUACCAACGUAGUGCAUUUAUUUUGAAAGAGACUGUACGUAAACGUUGAAUUUCCUGUGAAAAUGGAAGUGUAUUUUGAAAGAAGACAAUGCAUGUGACAGGCAGACUUGACAUGGCGUCCCUGAACAAAGCAAAUUUGCAUCAUGUGGAGUUAAACUUUGGUGAACUUUGACCAGCGAAGCCUCAAACAAUGGCAAAGAGGUAUGUGUGGAGGAGACAGUAGCCCUCUCCGAACUGAAGAAGCCUCUUGGAUUAGAGGUGAAGCAUCAUCAAGAAACUCAAGUAAAUCCAGAUGCCUAUGAUAUAGCACCUAAAAUUACCAUGACCUGGAUGACUGAGAAUCUCCAGUUACGCAUUAGCUCGUAUUACACAGAGAAUGCGAAUGUGUUGUAUUCUCGUCACAUAUCGAUGUUUGGUCAUGGACUUUCCACGUUAAGAUAUGACGUGCGAGGUACCCUGGGUGCGUGGGUUAAGAAUAUUCUGGGAUGUCGUGACAUCUUCAGCCUGUUACAUGCUGUGUCUGUAUUCAAAGUACACUUCUGUUUUCAUGGGAAAUUUACAAAUGUACACGCAAAUUGACAACAACACACACGGUUACGUUCAGCCAACACACACGUGGUUGGGUUUAAGCAACAAAAGCAUGUGGUUGCAUUUAGAAAAAGAACAGGGUUUAGCGUGAGAAUGAUGAAAGUCCAUGAUUGUUGUACCCCUCACGACCACCCUAGUCGGACUUUUGCCCCCUUACCUUAUGUUGCUGUGUGGCCACGUUUCCCCCUGAUGCCACCAGGCACUGUUAAACAGUAGCUGCAAACAAACAGCCGCGUGUCAUGCAGACGUGAAAGGACGGCUGGUUUUGUCUGUGCCUGACACGGGAAGUCACUGCCCAAUACAAGAACCGAUAUUUGACGACUUCGGAGUGAGACCGAGUUGGUUACUACCUCCGCUGCUGACAUGAAGGUGAGACAACUCCCCCAAUUCUGCAAUCAUACCUUUCUUACUGAACUGUGAGGCAGCAUAACCGCGUAAAAUUCCUGCCUCGAAUAGGCAGCGUAAAAGGGGCUAUAGAUUGUUUCUGUGCCUUACUGGCUGAUAUUGAAUGAUACUGGCCAUGAAAAAUACAAACUGCCCACAUGAGAGAUGCUUCCUGGCUGGCAGUCAGUUAGGAGACAGGCUUUGAAUAUAAUGAAAUGGAAAAUGUACCAAUAACAUCAUAUUUCACAAGCUAGCGAUUUAGCAAGGUAGCUAACAUUAGCUAACAAACAAGUUGUCAGUGUGUCUCACACCCGACACCGCCAACAUUCAGCAUGAAUUCCACCUCAGCAGGUGAUGGUCACUCUCCUGAAUACACUAAUAUAUGACCCUGCCCUUACAAAGUAGAGAGUGGACAUACAUGAUAGGGUACCUCAGUGUCUUGCUGGUUGACAUUGCGUUGCGGCAAAAGUUGAGAUGAGUCAACUUUCCUGCUGGGCGACUGCGUUGGCAACCCUGGGCCCUGCUGUGUUGCGAGGCUGGCUCCAUUCACAUGAAUGACAGGGCUGUUUAAUUAAGGUCUGUGAAAUUCAAAAUCAGAACGUGUUGAUAGUAUUGCUGCAAAUAGUGGACUCACUUGCAUGAGAAUUUUUCAUGACUUUUGACACGUGAAUCUGCACCAUUCCCCAAAAGCAAGCCGUCAGUUCAGCGCUGACCUCUGAGGGACCGGAGAGCUGAGGAGUCCAAAAUUGAAGAAGCUACUGUUAUUAGCUGCAUUGCAUCAUCCUUUUCUAUUUAUCCUCCUCUGUGGGGAGUGUAAACUGCCCCACAAAAACAGGAAUGGUUUGCAGACAUUUACGAGACAGGAGUCUCAUAACACAGUUAAUAUGCUACAACAGCUUCCUCCAUUUUGGACUUGUCAGCUCUCUGCUCCAUCAAAAGUGUGUGUAGUGUGCAGGAAAAGUUCACCACGGCUGAACUCUAUGCAGCUUUACUUCGCCGCUGUGAGCAAACCCAGGUAUUUUCAUUGAAAUGAGUUCAUAUUGGCACAAAAAUAGCUGGUGUUAUCAAGCCAGAAAAAGAUAGAAUACUACUCAGACUGAUAAACACGCAAUCGUAGGGCUCAGUCUGAAAUGCUGAAUGCCAAGAUGGCCAUUUUUCAUAGAUCCAGUGAUUUGUUUUCUGAGUGCAAAGAGCAUUACAACCUCACAGUGUGUGGAUGUGGCUUCCUACAUCUUAUAAAAUAAACUGUUAAAUUUAAAAUAUUAUUGCGGCUUAAUAUCAGAUAACAGUUGGAGGUAUAAUCCAUAUUUGUCAUAAUGCUGUUAAAUAUCAGUGUGAACUCCUCUGUGCUGAUCUCUGUGGAUCGCAGCCUGUGGGAGUUUCACUCUUAAAUGAGAUAUCCACCAAUUGAAAAUUUGACACCUACAAGCUUCAGUGUAAAGUGCUCUUCAGACACUGCACAGUGUCUUUUUAGUCAGCUCACAUGUAAUGCUCACUGACGUAAGCGUAAUAGAUUUUGCAAUGGACGUGGAUGUUUGGAAAUGUCUUUUUAACUGGUUUCCCGUGUCCUGGGAUGGGAGACGGGAGGAAGGCGAGCCAAGAGAGCGGCUUCGGCUCGUCCAUCAACCCGAGAUAUCUAAAUAUUUAUCCUGUGAUCCACAUUUAUCGGUCCACUGGUGCAGCUUUCUGGGUCAAAAACAUUAUGUUUCUGGGAAGAUACACGAGUAUACAAUGUUUAUCCAGUGCUACCCACAGAGAUUUAUCCUAGACUGUCACAGUUUACAAUAACACACAUAAAUUGUGGUGCGUGUCUCACUAAAAAAAAAAAAUCAUUAGAAUCAUUAAUUUGAAUUGUGCACCAGCUGGGAAAAUCUGUGCAGGAGAUGUGAGUGAGUAACGCUUUCGCUUCCAUCAGCAGCUGAUAGCCAGGUGCUCUUGAGCAAGGCACUUAAACAAAGCUGAUGAAGCUGAUUAACCAACAGGAUGUCAGUUCUGCCAGUAUGAAAAAGACAUGUCAGCUAAUUUUUGAAAUUGCAGGGCUUAAAACAGCAGGCACAAUUCUACACCCACAUGUACUUCUUGAGGGUGGAGAAUAUUCAUUUUUAAGUGGAAACACUGGGCCUUCACCCAUGGGAAGGGUGUGGUGCAAAAAUCCAGGCACUCAAGUGGGUGGUUACGGAUAAAAAGCCUUUAGUAAAUAUGGGCUAAUACAAACAUGAAGACACUCAGAGGAGAGCGUUGGUGUAUUAUCUCAUAUUAAUGGGGUAAUACCAUCCAGUUUGGUGCCAGGAUUCUGAAUGCCACACCCUAUUUUUUGCCUUUUUGUAUCAUGAAUUCAUUCAUUCAUUCAUUUUCUGUAACCGUUAAUCCUGUGAGGUGUUGCAGGGAGGCUGGAGCCUAUCCCAGCUGACACAGGGCAAGAGGCAGGGUACACCCUGGACAGGUCACCAGACUAUCUCAUAGAGACAGACAACCAUUCACACCUACAGGCAAUUUAGAGCCACCAAUUAAGCUGCAUGUCUUUGGAUUGUGGGGGUUAGCACGGGGAGAACAUGCAAACUCCACAUGAAAUGAACAUGGUUUGAACCCCCUUGCUGUGAAGCGGCAAUGCCAAUAACUGCACCACCAUGGCCCACUUCUGUCGUUAGUAAUACAUCACUGCAGGGGGAAACACAUUUAUCAUCCUCGGUGGGUUUCAGGGUGUGUUCCUCUGGAGUGGUCCAACUGUAAAACAUGGCACUUCAUAAAGCAGCUCGCAUGUGGGGGCACUAACGCUGCAACAUGCCACGCUGCUAACCUAAAUUAUGAUUAAUGCUGUUUAUACUCAUCCUUAAAGUUAUACAAGUGCAGUAUCGUCCAUAUUUGCGUGACCUGCAGGCGAAGCGUCACCGAUGGAGAGAUUAGAAACUCAUCCCACCUUUUACCACCAAAGAGAAACCAUUUAUCAAACGGAGACGAUGGCAGGGCGGCGAGUUGGUCCAACUCUUCUGUCCUUUUCCAGCUCAACAUACAUACACAUAUUCCCUGGAUUGUUGGAAGGAUGUGCAGAAGGUGAACUGGGUUUCCGUCACCUCAUUUGUCUUUGUAUUUCAUCCGCACACACACGCCUGAUGUUGACCUUGGCUCUGACCAGACCUGCUGCCAUGCGCCCUGCAGACGAGGGCCUGACCUCACUUGCCAAGACCUUCCUGUCCGACUAAAUGGAUCGCCUUACGUUUCAGAGCAGCGACGCUGAAAAGAAACAACAGAGGGAGGAAAGAGGUGGCAGGAGGGGGGUAAAGUUAGACGAGAUGAAAGACAACAUUUUAGCUUGUAGGCCGCGGGGAAUGACAACAAACACGGGGCCUCGAGUGAAACGGGAUCUGCUGUGGAGGGAAGGUGGAGGUGCUGCUCUCUGUCAUUCUGCUUGUCUCUCUCUGCCUGUCAACCACGAAGCAUGGGAGCUUAAUCUCUACAGAGACAUGCAAUGACCAGUUUACCUUGCAAUCUCAAACAAAGCUUUUGUUGUUCGAUCACCACUGGGAAAUCAUUCUGCAAAUGUAGUACGUGUCAUCAAAGUUUUCAUUUAAGUAAUUAGACAUGCAUUUCUUAGGGUCGAAAAUAUGUCCUCUAUUACGUCAGGUAAGUCCCAGUGAGUCUGAGAAACUUUUUUUCUUGCAUGUCUCCAUGGUGAACUGAGAAUCCAAAAAAGACAAACAUUCGUCAUUAAUUAACAGAUUACAGAACAUUAACGGAUAUAAAAGCAAGAGGGUCAAAGUUCAGGGUGUGAAGUUAUGAGAAAGUGGUAUGUCCAGAUUGUGUGCCUACUGCAUGCAAUGGUACGUACUUUUUAAGGGCAGCUGCAGUACAUACUAAAAGUAAAAAGAAAAAGUACGUGAAUUCCAAACACACCCAGUGUCAGGGCAAACCAGAGGCAGAGUAAGGCGGGCCAUUCCUUCACUAUCCUUGGAUUUGCAGAUUCGCUCCCCACACACAUGCAUUUUUGACCAGGUGCGCUACUCACCUGUGCAUGAACAUGAUGGUAUAGCGUGUUUUUAAUCGUAAAGCUUCCGUGAAAAUACACAUUUAGGAAGCACUGAGCCUACGAAUGGAUAAACGAGACUUGGAUUGUACUGCACAAGUUGUGUGAAGGUUGUUCUACUGUUGUUAACGUGGCCCCCAUUUACCUCAAUUCAUUAAUGUUCACCUUUUUUUGGAAUCUGUUCACUGCAGAGGCAUCAGAGAAAAAGUUAUCUUCACAAAGUCAUGGUAAAACAGGGAGAGGAAAUGAUAUGCUAACUGCCGUCUUGCCAGAGAAGUAUUCCUUUAAAUUUGUCUGUCCCACAAGUUCAGAGCCAAAGGUGACAUUUUAAACAAGAUAUUGAGAUUAAAAUGAUUUCAAACAGAACAAAGCUGGAGUCAGCGAAGGUUUGUCAUUUCUGCUCAAUAAAGUCCUUAAACAAUGGGUCAGUUAUCAAGAUCGUUUCAUCUUUAUGCCAGUCGAUUAAUCAAGGCAUUGUUUCAUCAUUAAUCCUGAUAAAACCCUUCUCGUGUCCCCUCUAGGCUUCUGUAGUUUCCAUCAACUGCUGUAAGUAAAUAUUGUCAAAGGCAUCAGCUUCUGUAACUAAUUAGGGAAGUUUGGAGGUUUUUAUCUUUGUAGAGUUGGCCAUCAUUCAUCUUGGGUAUCACAACACUGCUGAGAUCUGUGCGUACCAACCAAGUGCUGGCAGUGAUUGUUGUCUUAGCGACACCUGCUGGUCAGUUGUGGCACCUGCAUUUAAGCUGCAAUGCAUCCUGCACAUGUUGUCAGCUCAACAUCUGUGGGACUGUCUGAUGCUACAGUGUAGUUAUUAACAGGGCUAUGUGUUGAAUAGGGCUGCAACUAACAAUUAUUUUCAUUGUUGAUUGAUCUUUCGAUUAUUUGUUAGAUUAAUUUUAGUUGUUUGGUCUGUAAAUGUCAAAAAAAGUGACAAAUGUAGAUCAGUGUUUCCCAAAGCCAAAGAUGACGUCCUAAAAUGUUGUUUUGCCCACAACCAGGGGUGGAAAUUAACUUUUUGUACACCUGCCACUGGAUUCCAACAUCUACCAGCCACUCAAUAAGUUACCAUUGUUGUUUUAGGGUUUUUUUGGCAGGAGAGUGAAGCAAAUCAAGCGGCCACUUGCAUAUUUUACCAGCGUUUGGCUAGUGCUAAUGUCCAACCCUGUCCACAACCCUAAGAUAUUCAGUUUACUGUGACAGAGGAGUAAAGAAACCAGAAAAUGUAUAUUUAUAUUUAGAAUUGCAACAUUUAAGAGGCUGGAAUCAGAGAAUUUGGACAUUUUUUAAUCAAUUUUCAAAUCAGUUGACUAUUAAUUUCCUGGUUGUACUUCAACUCUCUUUUGGUGCUGAUCAAACUUCGUCCAAAGCACCCAGGUUCAAAAACGGAAACUGUUUUGUUAAAGCAAAGGUCUGGUAGUGCUGCUUGUGUCAAGGACACAUUGAACAAUUUGGAACAUGGACUUCUUAAAAAAAGAUUUUUGGGGCUUUUUGCCUGUAAUGACAGGACAGUUUGAAGUGUGAAGGGUGGAGAAACUGAGGAGAUAGCAUGCAGCAAGGGGCCAUGGGCUGCAGUUAGGACACUUUCUCUAUACAUGGGGCACCCGCUCUAUCCACUGAGCCAGUGGGCCCUGACUUUUUGUUUUAAAUGGAAAAAGGGGGGUUGUAAAUCAUAUUCAUAUUAUAUUAUGUAUGGUGUUAUAAUGGUUUUAGCACACACGUCAAUAAUUUAAUUGCAUUUAUCAGUUUCCCACACAAAAAGGGGACAUCUUUAAAUUGCCUUGUGUUCGACGAAGAGUUCAAAACAAACACCAAGUUAUUUAAUUGACUUUAGCAUCAGAUUGGGACUAGCAGCAAAUCUUUACAAUUUAAAAGCUGGAGCUAUAAUGUUCGGAAUUUUUGUUUGACAAAUAAAGCGCAUCAUCAAAAUCGCUGGCAACUAAUUUGAUGCCAAUCAAUUAAGUAACUUGUCGUUUCAGCUUUUAAUAAUAGUACUGAAACUUUCCUUUCCUUGUUUCUAGUGGAGAGAGCGUUAGAUGAUUAACUACAAGCUAAUUAGAUGACAGCAAUAAAACCAGAGAAUAUUGAACAAGUUAGAAGGAAGGAAGGAAGAAGGCCCCAGAAAAUAAGUGUCGUCUUCUGAUACUUUUCUGAUUCAGCUGCAGCCACAAAUAUCACUGCAGUUAUUCUAGAUGAAAAGAUAAAAGAACCAUGAGGAUUUAGUUUUGUAGAAUAAAACGUGUUUCAGACUGGCAAAAGGUCCAGU